CGCGAACGAAAGAAAUGCUGGUGUUUAUUUUCAAUGAGUUGGAGCACAUACACAUAAAUCAGAGUAAAUCCGUGCAGUGCAGUACAAGAAGUGCAGCUAAGCCGAGUGAUUCGUAAACAAAAACUCGAUCACUGCACACGCUGCCCGUUCCAUUCCAAAACCUUUAGCGCCGUCCGAAAACUGAACACAUGGCCGGAUUCAUCAGUGUCCACAUAGGUGCCGGGAAACACAGUGCGAGCAAAAAGAAUGAAUACGCUAAGCUGUGUAAAGCUGCUUGCAGAAAGGGUGUCUCAAUUUUGGCAGAAGGCAAGUCGGCACUUGACGCAGCCACAGAAGCCGUUUCUCUGCUUGAGGACAGUCCCUUAACCAAUGCUGGUAUUGGUUCCAAUCUGACGUGGGAAGGAACUGUUGAAUGUGAUGCCUGUGCGAUGGAAGGCGCGUCGGGCCUGUGGGGCAGCGUUGGCGCCGUCGGGACGCUCAAGAAUCCUUGUCGAGCCGCAAAGGCGCUGUGCCUCGGACAAAAGAAGGAAGGCACUCUAGGCAGAAUCCCACCCUGUGUCCUUGUUGGCCAAGGAGCGGCAGACUGGGCAAAGAAUCAUGGAAUUAAAGUUGUUGAUAACUCUACUCUAAUACACGGAAGAGCAUUGAAGAAAUACAAUAAGAGCAAAAACAUGAUUUUAAAUUGCGACAAGCAGUCUUUGGAUUGCAUAGACGUGUGUACUGAUACGGUUGGUGCGGUUUGUGUCGAUGGAAAUGGGAAUUCUGCAGCAGUUUGCUCAAGUGGAGGGAUAAUUCUGAAAAAUUGUGGAAGACUUGGGCAGGCGUCCAUGUUCGGAGCUGGCUGCUGGGCGGAUGAUGGAAGUGGCAGUGGACCAGUAGUGGCUACCUGCACAACCGGGUGUGGUGAGCAUCUCAUCCGUUGCACCUUAGCAAAGGCUGUGGCGAAGAAUUUGGCAAGCUGCCCUAAUCAGCCUUACGCAUCUCAAAUGCACAAAGUGAUGACAGAGGAAUUUUUAGAAAAUCGACUUUUAAGUGGCAUUGAAGAAAAACUAGGAGGGGUUUUGGCACUCAUCUGCAGCCCUCAGGAAGGCUGUGGAGAACUGCUGUGGAGCCACUCAACGCCUUCCAUGGCUUUAGGCUACAUGGAGAUGAACUCGAAGCCAAAAUUUAAACUGUCGGAACUACCAGUUGGGAAAAAGAGUGGCAAAUGUUUGCUAGUGGAGGGAGUGACAUUUAAAGUGCCCUUUUCAGACUGUGACAGUAAUGACGAUAUGAAUAAGCAGUGAAUACAACUAAACUGGUUUUAUUCAAAAAUCUACAUGACAUCAAACCGUUUAUGCGGAAAAGCAUUCCAUUUCAAUGGCGAAUGAACUGAAGCCGCUGUCCCAUUGUGGGUUAUCCAAGAUCGUGUUCCUCUCUUGAAUGUCGUUAUCAGCCGCCAGAAGAGAUUGGAGAUAUUUAAUGUAAUUAAUAGCCAUCCUAGAAAUUUCGCACAUUACAGGUGUUCCGAAAAUAAAAAAUUUUAACCUCAAAGACUCAA